UCUCUCAGACCAGAUAUUUAUAGUUUAGAGCACAACCUAGAACAAUCUUCAGUGAUGGUAUUAGUCCCUCUGUUUGUUUUAUCUCUCUUUAUUGUUGAUUAUUUGCUAGGCUAUUUAAUAGCUGAGUAACUUCACCACUUUGGUGACUAAGAGUUCUUUUCUUUAUAGACGAGGUUGUUGGUGUGUUGGGUCAAGGUGGUUAUGGAAGAGUGGUGAAAUGCAUUGAUCGCAAAGCGGAAGGCAUGCACGUAGCUGUGAAAAUAGCAAGGAGUUUAAAUUGGUCCUUCAACGCCGCUCAUGAUGAAAUACAAGUGCUGGAAGAUUUAAAAGCAUCAGACCCCAGCAAUGCCUAUCACUGUGUGCGCAUGUUAGAAUGCUUUGAGUAUCAUGGGCACAUCUGCAUUGUUUUUGAACUCCUGGGGCUCAGCACCUAUGACGUUAUGAGAGACAACGACUUCCUGCCAUUUAGCCUGCAUGACAUUAGACACAUGGCCUAUCAGAUCUGCACCUCUGUCAACUUUUUGCAUAUGAACGAACUGACACAUACAGAUCUGAAGCCAGACAAUAUUGUGUUUGUCGAGUCUGACUACGUAGAAGAAUACAACCCCAAACUGGAUCAAAAUGAAGUCACACUGAGAAAACCAGACAUCAAAAUCGUGGACUUCGGAUGCGCCACUUACGAUCACGAGCUUCAUAGCACUUUGGUGACUACCAGACCUUACAGAGCUCCUGAGGUGGUCCUAGAGCUCGGAUGGUCACAUCCAUGCGACGUGUGGAGCAUCGGAUGCACUCUCCUAGAAUACUACCUUGGACUCUUAGUAUUUGAGACCAAUGAUGACAAAGUGCACCUGGCGAUGAUGGAGCAAUUACUGGGGCCCUUGCCUGAGCAUAUGAUAGAGAGAGUUGUUUCUUCAAGGAAAAAGAAUUAUUUCUGCAAUGGCCGUCUGGCCUGGGACAAACACAGUGCUGCUGGGCGAUAUGUCUCAAGGUGCUGUAAACCCCUGAAGGAAUUCAUGGCCUGCCGCGAUUGUGAUCAUGAAAACCUAUUUGACCUGAUAGACAAGAUGCUGGAGUACGACCCAACCAAGCGCAUUACGCUGGAGGAAGCACUGAAACAUCCUUUCUUCCUCCCAUUGAAGCAGGAGGAAAGGGCACAGCCUCCUACACCUACAGGCAGACAAACAUCUCCAUGGGCCUAUUGAG